AUGACUGAAAUCGACCCCGACAAUAUUCCGGCUGUUGCCAGCAUGAUCUCGGCCUGCGAGGGAUUUAUAUCAUUGAAUGAAAAAGGCAACGCUAUUCAACUUGUCCAACCCUCAUUGCUGGAGUACUUGAGACAUCUGAAUUGCUUUUUCGACGCUGUAGGAAAGAUCGGCAAAGUCUGCGCGGCAUACUUGUCGUUGGUCGCGUUCAACGACGGCUCCUGCCAGAGCGACGAGGACUUUGAGGCGAGGGCUUGA